GAUUAUUCAAUUCUCUCACGAAAACGGUUUAAGUUUCCGCAAUGGAAGAAUACAAAGCGAAGGGAAACGACGCCUUCAAGGCCAAGCGGUACAAGGAGGCUAUUGACUGGUACUCGAAGGCGAUCGCAAUGGACCCGAACAGCGAGGCCUCUGGCGCCAUCUACUCAAACCGCGCCGGCAGCUGGCAGAACCUGAACAACUACGAGAAGGCUGCUGAGGACUCGGAGCAUUGCAUUCGUGUUCGCCCUGACUGGCUCAAGGGUCACUUCCGCAAGGCUGUGGCCAUGGAGAGCAUGGGCAAGUACGACGACGCGCAGAAGGCCUUCCAGGAGGCGCUGCGGCUCAGCCCUGGCAAUGAGGAGGUCAUCGAGAAGCUGCAGACGAUCAAUAGCAAGCUGCGCGAGCGCAACGAGAAGGCGAAGACGUCCGCCUGCAAGACCCCGGAGGAAGCGAAGGUGCUCGGCAACUCCCUCUUCAAAGCCGGUAAAUACGAACAGGCAGCCGAGUUCUACGGCCGCGCCAUUGAGCUACAGAAAGAGCCGGUGAAGGAGAAGGCCGUCUACUACACCAACCGCGCCGCGUGCCACCAGCAGACGCACAUGUACACGCUCAUGAUCGAUGACUGCAACGCUGCGAUUGGGAUUGACCCCAACAACGUGAAGGCAUACCUGCGCCGCGGCAUCGCCUACGAGGGCAUGGAGAAAUGGAAGCUGGCCCUAGAGGACUACACGAAGGCGCAGUCUCUGUCUCCUGGUGUGGGCGGUGCUUCGCAGGGAAUCCUGCGGUGCCAGCGAGCGCUGCGCAACUGA